AUGAAACUAUUUUUAGAAUCUUUUGAGAUUUCUGAGACUUUACAAAUUGCUAUUACUCAGGUUGCGCUAACCUAUAAGGAUCACAGGUCAAAAAUCAUCUUUACACGAGUUAAACAGAUUAGAGAUACAAUAAGAUCUACUUCUAUAAUUUGA